GGCCAGGCCUGGCUGCCUUCAGAACCCAUACCCGGCCGGCUUGCCCCACUUCAGGUUCGGGGAGAGAGGAAGGCAAGACAGAAGCAGGAGAUCUAACUGAUAAAGAGCCAGCCGGGAGAUAGAGGGAUCAGCAGACAGGAAAUUGAGGUGGCCCCGAUUGAUUCGGAAGUCAUUGGACCCAAGUCACACAGCGAAAGGACCUGGGGCCUGCCCUUCCCCUCUAAGCCAUGAUGAUUCUGCGAUUAAUCAUGCUUGCUCUGGUGACAGGGCAUGUAGGGGGAGAGACCAGGAUUAUCAAGGGGUAUGAGUGCCCUCCUCAUUCCCAGCCCUGGCAGGCGGCUCUGUUCCAGAAGACACGACUACUCUGUGGGGCAACGCUCAUCGCUCCCAAAUGGCUCCUGACCGCAGCUCACUGCCGCAAGCCCCAUUACAUAGUUCACCUGGGGGAGCACAACCUGCAGCGGCGGGAUGGCUGUGAGCAGACCCACACGGCCACGGAGUCCUUUCCCCACCCAGACUUCAACAAUAGCCUCCCCAACAAAGACCACCGCAACGACAUCAUGCUGGUGAAGAUGGCGACGGCGGCCUUCAUCACCAGGGCCGUGCGGCCGCUCGCACUGUCAUCGCGCUGCGUCACUCCUGGCACCCGCUGCCUCAUUUCCGGCUGGGGCACCACGUCCAGCCCCCAGUUGCACCUGCCCCAUACCUUGCGAUGCGCCAACAUCACCAUCAUCACGCACGAGGAGUGUGAGAACGCCUAUCCCGGCAACAUCACAGACACCAUGGUGUGUGCCAGUGUUCGGAAAGAGGGCAAAGACUCCUGCCAGGGUGACUCUGGGGGCCCUCUGGUCUGUGACGGGUCUCUUCAAGGCAUUAUCUCCUGGGGCCAGGACCCAUGUGCUGUCACCAGAAAGCCUGGUGUCUAUACCAAGGUCUGCAAAUACGUAGAUUGGAUCCAGAAGACUAUGGAGAAUAAUUAGCCAGCACCAGCUUACCACAGCCCAGCACCCCUGAUCCCUACUUGGUGAUGUGCCUCGUUCGCUCUGUUAAUAGGCAAGCCCAAGAGACGAUGCUGCCUUUGUAUCUUUUCUUUUCAGCCACCUUAACUAUGAGAUACACUGUAAUUUAAUAAUCAACUUGGGGUUUGGAAUUAAUGAGGCCUGGGUUCAAAUCCUGCCCUGUGCUAACUUGCGAUUCUUGAGAAAGAAGUGUUGUUUGGUUCACUGUUGUAUCCCCAGCCCCAAAGGCACUCACCAAGGUUUCAAUAAAGACUUACUGAG